AUGCAAGAAACAAUGGCAUUUGAUGUGGCUAGUUUGGACCUUUCAACGAUUGCAGCUCUUCAACAGAAACGAACACUCGCAUUCGUUAAUCACUUUAUAUUGACCACUGUACAGUUCCUAAAUAACUUUUCUAAAACAUGUGAACAUAAAUUAAUGUCCUUUGAAAGGAAGUUGGAGAAAGUUGAAGCAGCUAUCAUACUGUUGGAAACUCGAUUAUCAUCUAUACCAGAGGUAAAUACUACUACAGACACUGAGACCUCUGAUAAAAUUACAAACAAAGAAAAUGAAACAGAAAAUAAAUCUGAAACUAAAACGGAGUUGAAGGAGAUGGAUGAAAGCCCUUCAACCCCUUCAUACCCAGAGUAUGACAGAUUUGUUAAGAUGGUGCAAGUUGGAGUACCCUUGCAAGCAGUAAAGUUGAAGGUCUCCAUUGAAGGGCUAGACCCCAAUAUUUUAGAACAAAUUGUCAAUAAAUAG